AGAACACCGAUGAGAUCAUAGUUUUAAACGGAGUCAAUUGUUUUCACAUAAGUUUUCUUUAGUAGUUUUUAAUCAUUUCAAUAUAUAAUGGCACAAGCACAGUUGCACAUUGUGGAUGCUGAAUAUUUGAAACAAAUUGAAGGGGCUUGUAAAGAGAUUCGCAACCUGCUACAGAACAACAAGCAAUUUGCUCCCAUCGUGCUUCGCUUAGCAUUUCAUGAUGCAGGAACUUAUGAUGCCAAAGCCAAGACUGGAGGUCCAAAUGGUUCCAUCAGGAAUGAGUUGAGCAACCCUGCCAACAAUGGUAUCAAAACCGCUAUUGAUUUUUGCGAGCCAGUGAAGGCUAAAUAUCCUAAGGUUACUUACGCUGACCUUUAUCAGCUUGCUGGUGUAGUUGCAGUUGAAGUUACUGGAGGGCCUAUUAUCCCCUUUGUUGCGGGUAGACCAGAUGCCCCGGAUCAACAAGACAGUGGAGCUCUGCCAAAUCCCAAUGGAGAUCUCAAGCAUGUGAGAGACAUUUUCUAUCGAAUGGGCUUGAACGAUAGGGAUAUCGUAGUUCUAUCAGGGGCUCACACACUGGGUCGAGCACACAAGGAUAGAUCAGGCUUUGAUGGUCCUCUCAGCAAAGAUCCAUUGAAGUUUGACAAUUCCUACUUUGUCGAAUUGAGGAUGGGUGAUACUCCUGGACUGGUGAAAUUCCCAACAGACAAAGCUCUUUUGGAGGACCCUAUUUUGCGUCGCUAUGUUCAAAUUUAUGCCAAGGAUGAAAAGGUAUUUUUCGCACAUUAUGCUCAAUCACACAAGAAGAUGUCUGAGCUCGGGUUUCACCCACCUCGUUGUCCUAAGAACGCUUGAAGUGCAUGCAUGUGUGCAUGCGCGCAUGAUGGCUCGGACUGAAAUGUUCACGAUGCAUAUUCCUGUGGACUGGUACUACGUAUAUUACUUAAUUGUCUUGAAGCUUUAUUUGAGAUUAAACUAUAGACAAUCUCGAGAAGUUGUAAUAACAUACAUUAUGAACUAUCCAUAAGUGCUAAAUAAUGGCCAAUGGGAAACGCAAUGUUCUGAAUUCAUGUAAA